AUGCACUUACGUCCAAGCCUGCUCGCAUUGCUACCAGCCACGCUGAGUUUCAGCGUUCGUGCCGCAGUGAACGAGCCCUGUCUGGGUGCCAGUGGUGUGGCAGGCGUGUGUGUCGACGCGGCAGCGUGCACAAGAGCUGGCGGCACCUCGAUCGUCGGUGCCUGCCCCAAAGACCCAGACAAUAUCCGCUGCUGCACAAAGCCGGCCUGCAGCAACGGCUCCGCCGGCAAUUGCAGAUGGACAAGUGACUGCGCCGGCUCCAGCGUCACGGGCCAGUGUCCUGGGCCCAGCGCCAUGCAGUGCUGCAACUCGGCCGCCACUGGGUUCGGUGGCUACGCGAAGCCCACGCUGGGCAAGUACGGGUGUCUUGACGUGGCGAUUCAAGGCUCCGACACGGUUCUUGCCAGAUGGCCCGGCCGGGUCAAAACCGUGUACUGCAUCCGCGAGAACUGCAGCUGCGAGACGUCUGAUCACUGCUGCGGCGGCGCUAUAGACUUUAUGUGCUCUGACGAUGGUGGCGACGCCACGCUCUCCGGCAUUGAGAUUGCCGAGUGGGUCAUGAACAACGCGGCCUCCCAGAACGUCAAGUACAUUAUUUUCGGGCAGCGCAUCUGGGAGUCUUACGAGGCGGUGGCCAGCUGGAGCAAGUGGCGUGGGAUGGAGGACCGAGGCGACAUUACUGCUAAUCACUGGGAUCAUGUCCACGUGAGCUACAAUUACUAGUCCUCACACGUAUGCCGAAGGCCGUCCCCAAAAAUGAGCCUACCCCUCGCACUGCCUAUAGAAAUUCAACAGGCUAAGAAAACAAACGUAGAGGCAAGCACAAAUUCUGUAGGACUAGUCAACUGGGUUGUCGAAUUGGCCCAAAGUCUGGUUCUGUGGUAGACCAAAUUUUCUGCUGCAGCCUGUCAAUGACGUCCUCAGCCAAAGCCCCUUCACGUUUCUCAUUUCUUCCUAUCACCCAUGUCUAUCGUUUCCAAG